UAUCUUGAUUAUGACUCACUGAAGAUUUUCAGUUAACCUUCCAUAUAGGAGCUCAACUUGGUUUCCAAAGAGAUGGACCAGCAAUCUAUCAUUAGUUUUCCCACCAGCCAAAAUAGGAAAAAAUAUGUGACAUCAUGUUAGGGCAUGAGAACCUGGAGAUUGUGCCAAAGACUUCACAGACAAAUUGAGGGAUUUAAGGAAGUAAGCAUUCAACAGGUUUCCCAAGUGCCAUGUUAAUGCUGCUUGCCUUUGGACUACUUCUUCAGGAAACGGUGGCCAAGAUUAAAGAUGGGGGUCUCACUGAAGGCAGCAGUAUUCCACCAGUGCAGUUGCAUAACUAUGAAAGCAUCAACUUGCCAGAAGAGCAUAUCCCCUACUUUUUACAUAAUAAUCAACACCUUGCCACAGCCUGCAAACAGGAUCAUAACUGCCCAUAUAAAAAAUACUUGAAGAAAUCAAAAGCCUGUUGGGGAUAUGAAAAAUCAUGCAAGCCAGAAAACAGGUUUGGAUAUCCAGUGUGUGAUUAUGCCGAGGCAGGAUGGGCAUCUACCAUUGAAGAGGCUCAGCAUGUGUUCUGGAAGCAAGCUGACUUUGGCUAUGUUAAAGAGAGGAUGGAUGAAGUGAAAACCUACUGCACACCUAAGGCAGUGGGAGAUUCUUCACUUCAUUGCUCUCGUUAUCUUCAGUACUGUAGGGCAACUAAUCUGUAUAUUGAUUUCAGAAGCCCAAAGAGAAAUCAUGAGAGAUUUAAUGAAGACUUCUUUAAGAAAGGUCAGAUUGGAGGUCAUUGUGACAUGGACACUAAAAAUUUCCUUGCUGAAGGGCAGCGGAAAAGCCCUCUACAGUCUUGGUUUGCUGAGCUCCAAACAUACACGGAACUGAACUCCAAACCUAUGGAAGAUGGCAGCUGCGAUGUUGUCAUUGACAAACUGACAUAUUUCAUGAAGCUUGAUGCAGGUGUUAAUAUGUACCACCAUUUUUGUGAUUUUGUCAACCUAUACAUUACUCAGCAUAUUAUCAACUCAUUCAGCACAGAUGUCAACAUUGUCAUGUGGGAUACUAGUGCCUAUGGAUACGGAGACUUGUUCAGUGAAACAUGGAAAGCAUUUACGGAUUAUGAAAUAAUACAUUUGAAAUCAUACGAUUCAAAAAGAGUAUGCUUCAAAGAAGCAGUUUUUACCUUACUGCCUCGCAUGAGGUAUGGCUUAUUUUAUAACACACCAUUGAUCUCCGGCUGUCAUGGUACUGGAUUAUUUAGAGCCUUUUCCCAGCAUGUGUUACACAGAUUAAAUGUCACACAAGAAGGACCCAAGGAUGGAAAAAUCAGGGUUACAAUACUUGCCCGAAGCACAGAGUACCGGAAGAUAUUAAACCAAAAUGAGCUUGCCAGUGCUUUGAAAACGCUGUCACUGUUUGAUGUCCAAAUAGUGAAUUAUAAGUACAAGGAGGUUGAAUUUAAGGAGCAGCUAAAGCUUACACACAAUUCUGAUAUAUUCAUUGGAAUGCAUGGAGCAGGACUCACCCAUCUCCUGUUUCUGCCAGACUGGGCUGUCAUCUUUGAACUGUACAACUGUGAAGAUGAACGCUGCUAUUUGGAUCUAGCAAGGCUGAGAGGUGUCCAUUACAUCACCUGGCAAAAGAAGGAUAAAGUGUUCCCCCAGGAUGAGGGUCAUCAUCCAACACUUGGAAAGCACCCGAAGUUUACAAAUUACUCCUUCAGUGUGGAAGAAUUUGUCCACCUUGUACUCUUGGCAGCUGAUCAUGUUUCACAACAUUCCAAGUGGCCUUUUAGGAGAAAACAUGAUGAAUUCUAAGUCAGCUAUCUGUUUUUACACUGUUUUAAAAUGUUGCCUAUUUUGAUGUACAAUCAUUAGUUUUAGCAUUUUUUUCCUGGAGUGAGAAGGGUAAAAGGUGAAAGGAAACAAGAGUUACAUGUUAUAUCUCACUCCAGGCUUUUUUCCUUGCAUUUCAAUUUUCUAACAUGUCAAUUCCCUUUUGUAAGUUUACUUGAGGAAUUUGCAUUAUGCAAGACCUAUUUAUUAAGAUGACUAAUGUUUGCACUCUUUUUUUUCCACCCUAUUUAUUUUGUGCUUGCUGCCUGCAAUGCAGGAAAGGGUGCUCUGAAAUUGCAGAGUUAAAGAUAAGCACACCACUGAUCAUUGCCCACCCUUCUGCUUCCACUCAUAAACUUUACAAGCUUCAUCACUUUGUCAUCCCCCCCCCCCCCCCCCCGUACAUGUAAGUCACUCCACAGCCUUGCAGGAGAUGAUGGAAAAAGGAUCCAGCUAAAUUUGUAGAAGCUUUCAGGGUGAAUAUUGUAAACUUCCUUAGGAAAUAGGCCAAAGAACCUAUUUUGAUAAACACAAUGGGCUCAGUCAAGGUGGGAAUCAUGUCCCCCUUUCCCCAGAUUCUGUUGGACUGCAAUUCCUAGCACUCCCAGCCAGAAAAGCCAAUGGAGAAAAAUGCUGGGAGCUGAAGUCCAACAACAUAGAAUCAUAGAGUUGGAAGAGAUCCCAAGGGCCAUCCUGUCCAACACCCAGCCAUGCAGGAAGACAUAAUCAAAACACUCUCCAUUGAUGGCCAA